GCAGGCUCGCUCGAGCUCGGCUCAGCUCUCCCGCUCAGGGCCGUUCAUCUCCUCCGGUCCUCCCUCUGUUUCUAAACCUUUCCCUUCUCUCGGACAGUCGGACUCUUCCUUCCCUGGCGGCGACGACCGGGCGAGCGGCGGCGCCAUUUGUCCUUGUCUUCGCCCAGCCCUUUGCCGGCGACGAGCGUAUCCUCCAGGCAUCUCGCAGGUGCAGCUUGCAAGCAUGUAUAUCCGAGUGAAGCGCAACAAGAGUACCUACUUCAUUCAAUGUGAACCAACAGAGACAACUUUGAGCGUCAAACAGAAGUUGCAUUCACUAAUAGAUCAACCUCCUAGUAAUCAGCAGUUGGUCUUGUUGGCUACCAAUGACGUGCUCGAAGAUUCAAAGACAUUGGCAGAACAAAAGGUGGAAAAUGAUUCUGUUGUUGCCUUGGCACUGAGAAAAGAUGAUGAUGAGUUUGAGGAAAUUUUCAUCGCCAGGCCAGAGGAUUUCAUGCCAUCGUCAUGAUGAAGAUCAAUUCAUCAUAUGUGCAAGGACACCCGCGCGUCGUCACUAAGUGGAUGCUGCUGCUUGCUCUAUGUUUGUUCCUGUAGGAUCUGGGGUGUAGCUCAGUUGUCCCUUAGGAAAGAAAACAAACGUUAUAAAAAGAUCUCAAACAACCAUCACGGAUGGCAUUAAGCUUUGAUUUGACACUCCAACUGAUUCCGUGCUCUUGUACCUACUGGUGUCUGUCCUGAUGUUGGGACCAAGCACACCUAAUUGUCCUUUUGUGCCAGCUCUAGCAUGUGAGUUCCAUCUGUGCCUCAAUCACCUAAAUACACUUGUUGUUGCUGCUGGCGUUUCUGUUACUUUGAUUCAACUAUGUUGCCGGUCACAUUAUGGAAAACGCAUCACGUUGCCAUCGCA